AUAUACUUCUUCAUUUUUGGGUCCAUCUCAGGUUUCACUGAAGGAGUUGGUGUGUUGCCUGAUGGUCCUCUGAAUGCAGCUGUAGGAGAAACGGUGAUGUUCACUACAACACUGUCUCCAUCAGAGAAACCGUUUCAAUCUGUGAGCUGGAGUUUUAAUUUAUCUAAGCCUAUAAUAGUCAUAAUUAACUCAGAAGAAACUAUUAGACCUGAGUAUGAAGGCAGGAUCACCUUCUUCCCAUCUACUGCGUCUUUGGAGCUCAGGAGUCUCACUCUGGAUGACACUGGAGAAUACAAUGUUAACAUUAUACAAGAUGGAAAAGCCCAGAAUGGACGUACUACUCUGGUGAUAUACGAGAAAGUCUCCAAUGUGUUGGUAACUUCCAGCAGCACAGACUUGGUUGAGUUCAGUGCUUCUGUCUCUCUGUCCUGCUCUGCCUCUGGAUCCUCUCUCUCUUUCCUCUGGUUGAACGGCAGCUCUGAGGUUACAGCAAGUGACAGAGUUCAGCUCACUGAUGGAGGCUCCAGUCUGACUAUAAUCAAUGUGACCCGCUUUGACCAGGGACCAUUCAGGUGUCGUGUGUCCAACCCUGUCAGUACUGGUACCAGUGAUCCAGUAAACCUCUCCAUCAGCUAUUUCACAAAAUUAAGCUGAAACAAAAUACAGAUUUCUACUUUUCUUGCCUUGCCGACGACACGUUUAUGAAGUCUUCACCUGCUGUAGGAGGAGGACAGUUAUAAUUUUUGUUGGUUUGAUAUCAUAUAAUUUCUAAUAAUUUGUAAGAAGAUGUUUUAUAUCAAAAAUUAUGAGUUAGCAUCAAUAAAUAUUUUCUCUGUUAUAGGUUUUUAAUUUUUUAAGUUACUACUUGUUUUUCUAUAUAAAGCUUCAUACAUGUAGCCCGUAGUUAUAUAUAUGGAGCUCUUACAUCAACCUAUCACGUCUGCAAUGAAUGUGCAAAUUAAUGUUAAAAAAUCUGUAAUGCAAUGCAAUGAUGAAAUAAAACUUUUUUUGUCUGAUACUUUUAUGUCAUAAAUUCCUUUGAGGUAUCAUACCCCUUUCCUCAGUGAAACAGAGCCAUACCCCGGUUAUGGGGGUUGAUAUUUAACUGAGGUUUCUACAGUAGAAAUUAGUCAAAAUUGGAAGCAAUUACCAAAACUGACAUAUGUAUGUUUUUUCAAGACA